AUUUCUGUUCCGCCCUUUUCCAUCUCAUGCCCUUCCUCUCGCCGCCUUUCUCUCUCCUCGCCGGCGACCUUCUCUCUCUCUCCAAUUCACUCCUUAAUCCGUUCAAUCCACCCACGUAGAUUUCGAUUCGGAGCUUCUGCUUUCACGUUGCUCGAUUCUAGGUUUUUCUCCUAAGAAAUGGCGGGCACCGGCACCAGCACCAGCAAUAUCUACAUCCACGUCAUCGAGGACGUCAUCAACAAGGUCCGGGAUGAGUUCAUCAACGACGGAGGCCCCGGAGAUGACGUUCUCGCUGAGCUUCAAGGAAUAUGGGAAUUUAAAAUGAUUCACGCUGGCGCGAUUUGGGGCCCGAUAGAUAGGUCCGCGAAACAAAAGGCAGCAGGAGGUCCGGUCACGCCGAACCCCGUCCAUGAUCUUAACGUACCCUAUGAAGGCACUGAGGAGUAUGAAACUCCCACUGCUGAUAUGCUCUUUCCUCCGACCCCACUACAAACACCUAUGCAGACGCCAUUGCCUGGAACAGCUCAGACUCCCCUUCCUGGAACAGCUCCAACUCCUCUUCCUGGAAAUGACAGCAGUCCGUACUUCAGCAUUCCCACUGGUGGCACCCCGAUAACCCCCAAUGAAUACUCCUCGAAUAAUGAUAAUGGUGGCGAGGGUCAGAUGAGAGCUGGAGCUGGAAGGCCCAGCCCAUAUAUGCAGCCACCUUCAUCUUGGUUGAGUCAAAGGCCUCCUCUUGAUGUGAAUGUUGCUUACGUGGAAGGUCGGGAAGAGGGUGACAAGGGAGCACCUAAUCAUCCACCAACUCAGGAUUUUUUCUUGAUGCCUUCUGGAAAACGAAAACGUGAGGAUGUUCCUCCACAGUAUCAUUCCGGUGGAUACAUCCCCCAGCAGGAUGGAGCUGGAGAUGUUUCACCCGAGGUGUUGAAGGUGGGUCCAGGGAGCAUUGCACAAAUACCUGUUCAAGAAGGAUCACUGUCUUGUAGGAUUCCUCAGUCAGACGGACCCAUACCAGAUCCAUAUGAUGAUGCGCUUUCUACUCCCAAUAUGUACAAUUAUCAAGGAGUUAUCAAUGAAGACUACAACAUAGUGAACACGCCUAUGCCCAAUGAGAUGCAAGCAGCAACUCCUCUCGUUCCAAAGGAACCUGUAGAUGAUGAUGACGAUGAACCGUUAAAUGAAGAUGAUGAUGAUGAGUUGGACGACCUGGAACAGGGGGAGGAUCUAAACACGACUAAUGAUCUGGUUCUAGCUCAGUUUGACAAGGUGACAAGAACCAAGAGCAGGUGGAAGUGCACACUGAAGAAUGGCAUUAUGCGCGUAAAUAACAAAGACAUUCUGUUCAACAAGGCAACAGGAGAAUUCGACUUUUGAUUCGUUGGAGAGACACUUAAGCUGGCAGAUCUCUCAGGCUCCGGUUUCAGUAGAGAACAUGAAUAUUCACAUUGUAUUUGGUCUCUUUCUUGUAUGAAAUGGAAAAAAGUGAGAGGAAAUGUUUCGAUGGCCGCAAUGUACAGAAGGGAGAGUUUAUAACUUGAAGGAUCGCUCUAUAAUUUCAUUUUUGUGUACUCAGUCGGAUAUACUAUGUUCCUGAUAUCUUCCAUCUUUUUUACAUUUCGAUUAUCUGUUCAA